AUGGGUCAAAAUCAGCAAAUUCAGAACCAGGCAGAAGAACUGGAGGUAAACAGCAUUCAGGACCUCUACAAGUCAUUCAUCAUGGAGUGCCCAAGUGGAUCUUUGUACCUGCAUGAGUUCAAAAGGAUGUUUGGAGUACAGAACGAUACUCCUGAAUCACAGUAUAUGGACAUCAUCUUUCAAGCAUUUGACAUGAAUCACGACAACACAAUGGAUUUUAUGGAGUAUGUUGCUGCACUGCAUCUUGUUCUGCGAGGAAAACUUGAAGAUAAACUGCGGUGGUCUUUCAAGGUGUUUGACAGUGACAACAACGGCCGUCUAGACAAAGAAGAACUAAGGAAGAUUGUAAAGAUAAUCUACAAGAUAAAGAAAGCUUCUGUGACUGAAGAAUCAGAAAUUCGGAACCUCACUGCUGAGCAGGUGUGUGAUCGCAUCUUUCAAGAGAUCGAUGUGAACAGUGAUGGUCAGAUUACCCUGGAUGAGUUUGUUGAGGGGUCUCAGAGAAGCCCAUUUGUGGAAAACUUCCUACGUCUUGACAUCAAUCCAAGUGGAUGGGUCCAACAACACUUGUGUGACAGGAAACUUAUGGCUCCCAAAGAUUCCUGA